GGAUCUGUGUAAUGAAAAAAAUGGCGGGAAACUUUUGGAAAAAUUCUACCACGAUCAUUCGCGUAUAAGAUAUUAAAUGUACUGAAUGGCGUAUUAAAUUAAUUUACCGACUAGGCAAUGAGUGGUCAAUCAGCGUCUUUACGUUUAUUUCAAUUCCUACUCUUGCGAAACAUGGCCGUUACCGCGACUAAUAUUUAAUUCAUUAAGAUAUUAAGAUUUACUACGGCAAUAUUAUACGCAUAGAAUUAUAUUUAUCAAUAGUUCAAAAAAUUGUUAAGUGCGAAUAAAUUUUAAUUACAAUAAAUAUUAAAAUCAAUCACAGUAUUAAUAGUACACAGUAAACAAUAUUUAAUAAAUUAAUGAUGUAUUUGAAAUGUAUAUUUUGGUUCGGUUUGGUCGUCUUUUUAAAUUCUUUUGCAAUGUUACAAAGCGUAAGAACCUGGAGCGAUAAACAACUCUUCCCAUCGAAUAAAAUUCCGGAAGAUGGCUUGAAUCCUCGUCGAUCGGUGGUGCGAAGAAAAAUAGUACUCUAUCAUAAUUUUUUUCGAACCAAAGUUAGACCAACUGCUUCCAACAUGCUGCUUAUGUCGUGGCAUCCACUAGCUGCGCGUCAAGCUCAAAAUUACGCGGAGAGAUGCGUUUUCUUACAACACAAUGACGCGGCUGAAAACACUGUGCCCUAUUUAGGUUCAUGCGGACAAAAUCUUUUCGUUUCUUCACGGAAGACUCCAUGGUUCUUCGCCAUAAAAAAUUGGUUUUUGGAGUAUCAAAAUUUUACAUAUGGGGCUCCGACAAGAGACCUUAAGGCAGUAGGACAUUACACACAGAUGGUUUGGGCGACUUCGCAUAAAGUCGGUUGCGGAGUUGCACAUUGUCCGGGAGGUCCUUGGGGAACCUUCUACAACUAUGUUUGUCAUUAUUGCCCAGCUGGCAACGUGGAAACAAUAACUCAGUAUCCAUACAAGAUCGGCCCUCAAUGCGGUGACUGUCCUGAAAGUUGCGUGUCUGACGCACUUUGUACCAACUCUUGCCCAGUUAAAGACUUUUACUCCAACUGUAAUGAUCUUGUAAGAGUGGCUAAUGUCUGUUCACAAGGUAUUUGUAAUGCAACAUGCACUUGUGGGAACAAUAGGUUACACAAGAAUUAUCCUUGGUAAAAGAUAUUAUUUUUUUUAGCGUCAAAGUAUAUUUCUUUUUAAUACACUAAACCAAUAAAAAUAUAAUUGUAGUUA